CACCAAGCUGCAGCAGCAGCAAUAGCAGGAGGAACCUCCCCUGCUCCAGCCUCCCCCGCCCUACCAAAUUGGGAGCCACACACUUCCUAUUCCCGCUGGAGACACAGGCGAGAGAGCGAGAGGCUCCCCCGAUGGUCUGAGGGGAGCCGGGCGGCGCCACACUGCGCCCCAACAGCUCUCCCACCCGACUCGGGGUGGGGGCAGAUGAGGCAGUGCUUAGGAGGAUGAUGCUCCCCUCUCGCCCCCGGGGCAGCAACUCUCAAGCCAAGAAGCCCCUGCUGCAACCGGUGUGCUUGCAACUUCAUGCCCCAGGAGAAGCCGGUGCCUGCAGCGGCUCCGCCACUCUCGGUCUCCUGGCUUUUCCUUCUCAGGAGGCUCGUGGCUGCUUCUGCGUCCCCGCUUCGGAGCCUCAUUUCCCGCCAGGCGCGAGGCUGUGCUGGCGCUGAGGGGAAGCAGGAGCCCGGCAUGCGGCGUCCCCUCACACCAUGAGAUACAGCCGGAGGAGGAGGAGAAUCAGCAGCAGCAGCAACGGCACUAGCAGCCCCACAAGAGAAGAAGCGGAGGACCUCCAUUCCCCUGGUGCUUUGGCGUGCGCAGGGGAGACUUUGCCCGGCCAUUGGCGCGAGUGGAAGAGCAACAGCAGCCCCAGGGAAAGUGGCCGAAUCCUGCUCGAAAGGGGCGCUAGCGGCAACAGCAGCCCGCGCGCACAGGUCGCCACCGCGGACAGCAGCAGCAUCUGGCGCGCCCUAGCCGCGCGCGCCCGCCACCCCGAGUACAGGCACCUCAGAAAAAGCUGCUUGGACAAUCUAAUGGAUGAAGAUGAAAAAGACAGAGCAAAGAGGGCUUCACGUAACAAGUCUGAAAAGAAGAGGCGUGACCAGUUCAACAUUCUUAUCAAGGAACUCAGCUCAAUGCUUCCAGGAAACACUCGUAAAAUGGACAAAACUACCGUGCUUGAAAAAGUCAUUGGCUUUCUUCAGAAGCACAAUGAAUUCUCAGCACAGACAGAGGUUUGUGACACUCAGCAGAAAUGGAAGCCUUCUUUUCUCAGCAAUGAAGAAUUCACCCAGCUGAUGUUGGAGGCAUUAGAUGGGUUUGUUAUAGCUGUUACCACAGAUGGAAGCAUCAUGUAUGUUUCCGACAGCAUCACACCUCUUCUUGGACAUUUACCAUCUGAUGUAAUGGAUCAGAAUUUGAUAAAUUUCCUUCCAGAACAAGAGCAUUCAGAUAUGUAUAAAAUAUUAUCAUCUCAUAUGCUUUUAGUGGAUUCUGCCUCAUCAGAUUACUUAAAAUCUGACAAGAAUUUAGAAUUUUACUGUCAUCUUCUAAGAGGAAGUCUGAACCCAAAGGAAUUUCCAACAUAUGAAUACAUAAAAUUUGUAGGGAACUUUCUGUCUUACAGUCAUGUGCCUAUAUCCACUUGUAUUGGCUUUGAUGGUGCUGUUCCAAGAGGUUACAGAACACCAAUAGGAAAACAAGUCUGCUUUGUUGCUACUGUUCGGCUGGCAACGCCCCAGUUUUUAAAGGAAAUGUGCAUAGUGGAAGAACCUUUGGAGGAAUUCAGUUCAAGACAUAGUCUGGAAUGGAAAUUUUUAUUUCUGGAUCACAGAGCACCACCGAUUAUAGGAUAUUUGCCUUUUGAAGUACUAGGUACUUCUGGCUAUGAUUACUAUCAUAUAGAUGACCUACAACUUUUGGCACGAUGCCAUGAACACUUGAUGCAGUUUGGCAAAGGGAAGUCUUGUUGCUAUCGGUUUCUGACCAAAGGACAGCAGUGGAUCUGGCUGCAAACACAUUACUAUAUCACCUACCACCAGUGGAACUCCAAACCAGAAUUCAUUGUAUGCACGCACACAGUUGUGAGUUAUGCAGAUGUUCGAGUGGAAAGGAGACAAGAUUUGAUCUUGGAAGACACACCUUCAGAGAUCAUCUCUUCAGUAUUAAAGGACAGUAGCUCAGAUUUGGAUCCUCAACAGCACUUCAAUGCACUUGAGUUAGGAGCAACAAUUCUCAACCCCACUCAAACACUUUCUGUGUCAUCUCGAGGCUCACACAAAUCUUUGCGUACAUCCUUGCCUGACACAGCCACAAUAACAAAGCUCAUUACAGAGUCUCCAUCUUUGCAAAGAGCCCCCAGCAUACAGCAGGACUUACCAAUACAGAGAUCCAGUCAGCCUGCCACUAUUCAGCUCUCAGCCCAGUUUAACGUGUUCCAAACUAUCAAAGACCAGCUCGAGCAGCAGACUCGUAUACUGCAAGCCAAUAUCCAGUGGCAGCAAGAAGAGCUGCAGAAAAUCCAGGAACAGCUCUGCAUGGUCCAGGACUCCAACAUACAGAUGCUUUUACAGCAGUCAGCAACAUCUCUAAUGCAGCAGACAGAUCCCCAGGGUGAAACAGGGGCUGUUUCUCAACAGCAGGAGCAACAGCAAGAGGUUAUGUCCAGGUCCCACUUUCAAGGGCAGACUGCAACUUCCCAAACAGCAGAACACCAAAUAUUAAGAGAAGAAAACGUGAUCUCAAGCCAGAAAUCAGUGAGAAGCGGCCCACAAGGGAUGCAGAAUGGCGGUGAUUCUUCUAGCAAUAUGAGCUCACAAUUUAGCAACACCUCUGUGCUGCCACAAUCUUUGAGUAUAGCUCCAUCUACUGCCAUUCUUCAGGAUAGCAGCCUUCAGCAUAAUACUGCAGACUUUGGCCAUGAUCGACAAUUGAGACUGUUACUCAGUCAGCCUAUUCAGCCAAUGAUGCCUGGUUCCUGUCAUGCAAGGCAAUCAUCAGAUGUGGCUGUGGCGGGACACCAAACGAAAUAUUCUCAAAGCCUACAAGCUUUCCAAAGUUUGGAAGUGCAAGCUUCUGGCAGCAGUACACCUAUAGUGCUGAUGGGACAAGCUGUCUUACACCCCGGCUUCUCUGCAGCGCAGCCCUCUCAGGCUUCAUCUUUGCAACCUAUGCAUCACCAGCAGCAGCAGCAAUGCUACCUUCAGGUGCAGACUGCAGGCCCUUUGCACAGUGAACAAGCAGAUUCUCUGCUCUUGCCUUCCUACUCACCACAGCAAGGAAGCGUGCCAUACCAUCACAUGCAGUCGCAGCAGCAACCUGCCAGCAGCAGAUCCAUCAGCUUGCCAGAAUCCUCAGGCGUGCAGCAACAUCUGCUAUAGAAUCCCAUUGUCACAACCAGUGCACAUUUAGCUUUAUUUAACAGUGGGCUGGGAAGGGGGGGCGGGAAUGCAGGCAUUUGCACAUGUGUUUGUUUCAAAGUUUUGUGUUAUAAAGAGACUACUGAGUGCAGGCUGUGGGAGAUGGUGCAAUAGGAAAGGAACGGGAAUAAUUCUGCAGAUGUUUGCACUAUUUUGUGACUAUGGUUUGGACAGUAAUACUAAUGUGUGCUCUCAUGGUGCAGAUUGUGGCACUAAGUGGUAUGUGUUAGUAGAAGAUGCUUCAACCAGAAGGAAAUCUGGCUAUUCCAAAAAAGUGGACACAAGUUACUUGGCCUUUUGAAUAUGAAAAGUAUUGGUUUAGAGAGCUCUACUGAGGAGAGAAUGAGAGAUUAUUUUUAUGACGGUUAUUAUAUUAUUAUUAUUAUUUUGCACAACUGCACAAAGAGCAUCACCUAGCACUUUUGGUAAAGAAAAGUCUGUUCCAGUGGCCCGAUUAGCACUUCCAGUGAGACAGAACAUGCUGUCAUUUAUAUAUGUAAAGAAAACACCCUGCCCUCUGACUCAUAACCUGACGGUAUAAUCCUUGCUACCCCUUCCUUGCUAUUUCUAAUGUUGAAAAGGAAUUACACUUGACAGUUUCCGAUCUACUUAGCAGACUACAACUGUAAACAGCGAGCCUAAGCACAAUCAUGCAGCUAUUGUUCCAGCAUAUUAGUCAUGCUCCUUAAUACUUUAAAGAGGGUCUCUUCUGCAGACUGAACAGUCACCUCACAACUGUUCACAGAACAAGCGUCUGAAGAAUAUGCACUGUGCUACAGCCCAUUCAGUGGGGAAAUGCUGCAAACUAUUACAUAUCUCAUUAUAUUUAGGACUGAAUUUUCCUUCAAAGAAUUGCACUUUUGUAUGCUUUAUGUUGAUGUUUCUAAGGAAAAAAUGUAAUGAUGAAAUAGUGUAUUAUACAGCUGCUGUAAAACAACAAAACGAAUCCAGACCUAUUUCUAUAUAAAAUAAAAUUAUAUAGGAUUCUGUGGAAA